AUGUAUUAUUCUAAAAGGGUUAAUUUAUUGAAUCAUCUUGAUUGUAUUCAAAAAAUAUGGGGAAGUUUAAAAUUCCAAAAAACGGUUAAAAUGAAGGGGAGGAAUUUCACUUAUUUGACAAGCAUAUAUGAAGAUGACAUAAAAAAUCAAAGUGAUAAAUAUUAUGGAAACAAAAAUGUAAUCAACGAAAAGAGAGAAUCAUCAUCUCCUUUUCUUUUUGGAGAUGAUUAUAAAAUUAAAAAUAACAAAGGAAAUAGUAGUAAUAAUAAUGAUGAUGUUUUACGAAAUAUAUUAGUUACGGAUUCAAUAAAUGAUAUAAAUCUAUACUUUGAUAGUAAUUUUAAUAAUAUGAAAAAUUAUGAACUAGUAUAUUUAUUAUUUAAAAUAUAUGAAAUAGCAUUUGCCAGUUUUUAUAAAACGUAUGAAUUUUCAGAAGGUUUAAUUUUGGACAAUCCAUAUUUUAAGUAUAUUUCUUUUCCCCAAUAUAUAAAUAUAUAUCUUAAAAAAUAUGGGAUCAUUGAUAAUGGUUCUACAUUUAGUACAACAGUGGCUGAAAUAGUAAAUGAUGAAAUAAUAUGUUUUGGAAAUUUUCCUAACAUAAUAAAUAAAAAUGUAAACGGAAAUGUUAACGCAAAUACAAACGCAAAUACAAACGCAAAUACAAACGCAAAUACAAACGCAAAUACAAACGCAAAUACAAACGAUGUGGCGCAUAAUAUGGAAGGAACUGGGCAAAAGGAAAUGUUAGGAGAAAUUAUAUUAUCAUCUUCAAAUGAAAAAAUAAAAAAUAAUGGAUUGUCUAAUAAUGGUUAUAAUUAUAUAAACAAAGGAGAUAUAAAUAGAGUUAUAGAAUUAUAUUUUAAAUAUAUUUUAUAUUUAGAAAAUUUAAAUAUAAAAGAAAAUAAAUGGAAUGAAUAUAUACAUAAUUUUUUUUUAACAAAUAAAUAUGAGAAAUUUUACUACAAUAUAUUGGAUAUAAUAUAUAAAAAAAUAUUAUCAUUUUCAUGUGUUGAUAUAAUUAAUUUUUUAUAUAUAUUAAAGAAAAUAAAUAUUAUACAAAUAAAAGACAUAAGUUUAUUAGUAGAAAAUGUGAUAUUAGAAAAUUUGAAUUUUAUGAAUGAACAAUAUUUAGUUAUGUUAGGAUAUAUAUAUUUAAACAAUUACACCAACAAAAGAAAGAUAAAUUUAAAAGGUAUUAAAAGAUAUUGUAAUAAAAACUUUUUAGAAAUAUUUAUAAAUUUAAUUCAAACAAAAAUAAAAUCAAUGAAUAAUACGAAUUUUAUUAAAUUACUUGAAUAUAUAAGUAAUAAUAAUUAUAAGCAUAUACAAUUUUUUAGAGAAAUAAAAAGUGAAAUAUAUAAAAGAUAUAACAAGUUUAAUGAUGAACAAAUAAUCAAACUUUUUUAUUUAUAUUCACAAAAUAUUAAUGCUUCUGAUGAUUGUUUGAUGUAUCAUCUUAUGAAUUCUACUAUGAUGAUUUUUUCAGAAGACCAGACAUCUAACAAAAAAAAAACUAAUAUUAAUUUCGAAAAGAUUAAUAAUAAUAUAAAUCCAACAAUAUAUAAUAAUAGCGAAAUAAUUAAAACAGAUACAGAUGUUUCCCUUGGAAAAAAUGGAAAAAAAAAUUGUUCUACAUCAAAAAUUGAUGAAAAUACUGAAAAAAAUAAUGAUGAAAAAAUUAUGAAAAAAAAGGAAGAAGAAAUUCCAUUAUAUUUAUUGCUAAAUAUAAUAUGGGUAAAUGCAAAAUAUUUUAAAGAAUCUACUUUUUUAUUAAAAAAAUGGGAAAAUAUAAUUUUAAAAAAUGUGCAUAAUUUUGGUAGUACUACUAUUAGUAUGCUAAUAUGGGCAUAUAGUAAUGUUGAAAAUAAAAAUAGUGAAUUAUAUUUUGAUAAUAAUUUAUAUAUAAAGUUAAAAGAUAGAGCUUUAGAAUUGUAUAAGUAUAUGACUCCUAAUCAAUUAUCAAAUAGUUUAUUAGGUUUGUCUAUAACAAUUGGUAGAACUACAGAUGCAGAAGGAAGAGCUAUAACAGAUUUUCAAGACCAAGUUGAAGAAUAUUUAUUGUAUAAUUCAACAGAUAUAAAUGAUAAAUCAAUUCAGAAAAAAACAAAUAAUAAAGAAAGUAUUAAUAAUUCAAAUACAAGUAAAAAAAAUGAAGGAAAAAAAAAAACAAAUUUUUCUUUUUUAAAAAUUUUCAGUGCAACAGAUCUUGCAAAUGUUUGUUUUGCAUAUGCAUUAAUUAGAUCAGGAAGUAAAGAAUUUCAUUCAAUGUUACAAUCAGCUUUAGUAAAUAAUUUGAAUGAUUUAUCACCACAAGAUAUAUCAAAAAUAGCAUACACAUAUGGAACAUUUUAUUUUUAUUCCUCUUAUACAUUAUUAAGCUUAUUACAAUAUGAAAUAAUACAAAGAGUACAUCAAUUUUCUGGACAUGAAAUAUGUGACAUAUUAUGGUGUUAUAGUAUAAAUAAAUUUUUUGAUACAAAUUUUUGGAAAUAUAUGUUACAGGCUAUAAAUUUUGAAAAAAUACACAAUCAUCGUUAUUCUUUAUUAUAUCCUUCAUUAUCUUAUGUUAAUUUAAUUGAUCCAUCUAUUUUAGAAUCUUAUAAUGUGUUAAGAAUAUUUAAUUUUUUAAAAGAUUAUUAUUGGGAAAUACAAACUUGUUCAUAUCCACAUUUAUUUGCAAACGAUAUUAUAGAUACAAUAAAAUAUCAGAAUGAAAUUAUUUUAAGUAAAGAAUCAGAAAAUAACGAAAAAAAAAAUACUUUUCAAUAUAUUCAAAAGCUUUUUGAUUUUGAAGGAUUUUUAAUAGAUAUAUAUUUUGAAUACAAAAAUUCAAAAUAUGCUAUUUUUUUAUACACAUCAAUUAAUACUACCUCAAAUGGAUACCCAUUAGGGGAAAGUAUAUUAAAAACAAGAUAUGUUAAAAAAAAAAAUUUCAUAACAAUUCAUUUAAUUUAUGAUAUAUGGAAAAAUUAUAAGGGAAAUAAAAUCGAUUUGAUAUAUUCCCAGUUUGUUGAAGAAAAUAAAUUUCGUCCUGAAACGACUAAGGAAAUGUCACAGUAA